GGUCAUUUAACAGAAGAGGUCUAUAUGCGUCAUCUGCGGGGUUUCAUUCACCUCAUUAUCUUCAUCAUCUGUGUCGUCUGCGUAAGGCUAUUUAUGGUCUUAGACAGGCCCCACAAGCGUGGUUUCAUAGGUUCAGUAGUAUUCUGCUUUCUCAUAAUUUUUUAUGUAGCAAGUCGGAUAACUCUCUGUUCAUUUAUCGCCAGGGUCCUUCAGUUAUUUAUUUAUUAUUAUAUGUGGAUGACAUUUUUAUUACUCGCAAUUCCUCUUCUGUUGUCACUGAGUUUAUUCAUCUUAUUGCUUUAAUCGACAUUUUGCAAAGAAGGACUUGGGUGAUCUUCAUUAUUUUAUUGGCAUUCAAGCCACUCGUAAUAGUAAAGAUUUGUUCCUCUCUCAGCAUAAAUAUGUCUCUGACCUUUUAUCCAGGUUUCCCUUACACACUCUAAAGACUGCCCGUACUCCGAUUGUGUCUCGUACCUCUUUAUCUCUCACUGAUGGCGAGCUACUUGCAAAUGCGACUGAGUAUCGCAGUAUGGUAGGUGCAUUAUAGUAUUUAACUUUGACAAGACCUGAUAUUAUUUAUGCAGUGCAUUUAGUUUCUCAGUUUAUGCAUGCCUCACACAUCACCCACCUUUUUGCUGUCAAGAGGAUUUUUAGAUAUUUGCAGGGUACCAUUGAUCAUGGUUUGUGGCUUCAGCCCACACCUAAGGCGACUUGCAUUAUAGCAUACUCGGAUGCAGAUUGGGCUGGGUGUCCCGACACGUCUCGGACCACCACUGGAUAUGCUGUUUUUCUGGGGCCCAAUCUCGUGUCUUGGAAAUCCAAAAAGCAGCCUAUUGUCUCCAAAUCCUCUACAGAAGCAGAGUAUCAUGCUAUUGCUUACACGGUCCAGGACACACUUCAUAUUCGGUCCAUUCUGUUCGAGCUUGGCUUUCCUGUUACGGCACCGGUUUGUCUGUUCUGCGACAACAUCUAUGCUUCCUACUUGACAUCGAAUCAUGUUCAGCAUGCUCGGAGCAAGCAUAUUCAGAUUGAUUAUCACUUUGUUCUUGAACGCGUGGCUCAUGGUGAUCUUGUAGUUAAAUAUGUGCCUACUAGUCUUCAGCUGGUGGAUAUAUUUACUAAGAGUCUCUCUAGUCAGCAAUUUCAUUUUUAAAAAGACAACCUGCGCAUUGUAUCUCCUGCACAGUUUGAGGGGGUGCAAUAGCCUAAUAUUAAAUUAGGAAUACUUUGUAUUUUUGGAAACUCUCAUUAUUAUAAAUAUAUCUGACACUUACCCUAUUAGGGUAACCUUUCCCAUUAUUUCACAAUUUGUUCAUUCUGAUAGCGUGAGGUUUAAGUGCUUUAAUUAGAAGGCAAGAAAGUAUGGGGAACAUUCUGGGUAUUGCGGUGGCUAGACAAGCACCGAGAGUUUCUCAUUUAUUAUUUGCAGAUGAUAGCUAUUUAUUUUUUCGAGCUCGAGAACGGGAAUGUCAGACGAUCAAACAAGUCUUGCAAUGGUAUGAAGAAGGGUCCGGCCAGAAGAUAAAUUACCAAAAGUCAUCCGUGAUGUGCAGCCCGAAUAUAGGAGAUGAUCUAAAAGAUUACAUUUGCAAUUUUUAGGGGUGAAUAAUUAAGGAGGUUGACAGGCCACGCUACCUGGGAUUACCGGCACUUGUUGGCAGAAAGAAAACUGAGAUCUUGGGGUACCUCAAGGAGCGGAUUAUUAACAGAAUUAGCAGUUGGAAUAAUAAAUUUCUUUCUAAAGCAGGGAGGGAGAUUAUGCUGAAGACGGUCAUCCAAGCAAUGUCGACAUAUGCAAUGAACGUUUUUCUAUUGCCAAAAGAAAUGUGCUAAUAGAAAAUUUAAUGAAUGGCUCCUGGUGUAAGGGCUCAGAUUUAACUAGAAGGGGCAUCUGGUGGAGAUCAUGGCAAGCUCUGUGUAUAGUGUAUACCCAAACAGAAGGGAGGUUUAGGUUUUCGCUCUUUGCGGGAAUUUAAUAUAGCUGUGUUGGGAAAACAAGCCUGGAGACUCAUUAAACAUCCGGACUCUCUUGUGGGGAGGAUUUUUAAGGAGAAAUAUUUCCCUAAUGGUUCUUUUUUGCAGGCGAAAACCGGAAGCAAUCCAUCCUUCGUAUGGAGCAGUAUACUCUAUGCACAGGAGCUGAUGAAUAGCGGUUUACGCAGAAAAGUGGGAAACGGCCAAUCAAUCUCCGUAUGGAGGGAGAGAUGGCUACCAGGGACAACCGAUGGUAUGAUACAUACACCUCUGCCAAAUGGAAUUGCAAACAUAAAUGUGGCUGCCCUAUUAAACGAGAACGGGGAGAGUUGGAAUGCUGACAGAAUCUCAAAUUUAUUCUCGGAGGAAGAAAACAAAAAUAUUUUAGCUAUACCAUUGAGCAAAAGAAGAACCUAGGAUGGCAUA